AACCCCAAAGUGAAAAAGAAAGUUGAAAUAGGGUUCUUGGAUUGGGGGUUUUUUUCCCCUAUUUCUGUUUAACUUUUAUGUUGUGUUAUUGGAUAAAUGAAUUUUGUUUUAUUUUUUCAAGAUAUUGGAACUUUCUUCUUCCCAUAAUUUGAAAAAUAGCAAUUGCUGUGGUGGAGGGUUUGGCGGUCUGAGCAGCUAUAGAUCAAAAGGAAUCUAAAUCCUUCAGUCAGAAUCUUUGUAAUGGGCACAGAACUUGUUGGACCUUGUGUCAAAGAAGAUAGCAUGGAAAUUCCCUCAAUUCCUCCUGGUUUUGAGUCACUUGUGCCCUUCAAUCUAAAGAGGACAGAGGAUAAUCAAGUUAGUGGUUACUCGAGCUCUGCUAGUGCUGUUGAAUCACUAACAGUCAAGUUGGAGAAAGAGGUUGAUUCUAAUGACGACUCAAAAACCGUGAAAUCCCUUAGGCGUAGGCUCGGAAUAAAGUACAACCAGUUCGAUAACAGUUCAGGUGAUGAACACGAGUCUGAGCAGCAUAUGUUUUUGAGGCACCAGCUCCCAAAAGGGGUUGUUCGUGGGUGUGAAGCCUGUAGCAACUGUCAGAAGGUAACUGCAAAAUGGCAUCCAGAAGAAGCUCGCCGGCCCGAUAUUGAGGAGGCUCCCGUCUUCUAUCCUUCUGAAGAGGAGUUUGAAGACACCUUAAAGUACAUUUCAAGCAUACGCGCUAAAGCAGAAACAUAUGGGAUCUGCCGCAUAGUACCACCUCCUUCUUGGAAACCUCCUUGUCCUUUGAAGGAGAGGAAUAUUUGGGAGAACUCGAAGUUCACAACUCGUAUCCAGCGAAUUGACAAGCUUCAAAAUCGGAAUUCAAUGAAAAAGAUAUUGCCAACCAAUCAUAACAAGAGGAGGAAAAAGAGAAGAUGCAUGAAAGGCGGAGUUGAUAAUGAAAAUAGUAAUGAGGAAAUCAAAACUGCAUGUGUAGUUGGAGUGUAUGAGGCUGAGAGGUUUGGCUUUGAACCUGGUCCAGAGUUUACUCUGGAUACAUUUCAGAAGUAUGCUAAUGAUUUUAAGGCCCAGUAUUUUAGUAGAAACAAGAAUUUUUCAGACCCAGGAUGUAACAGCAUGAUGGUUGAGGAGCAGUGGCAGCCUUCAGUAGAGAAUAUUGAGGGAGAAUAUUGGCGGAUGGUGGAGAAACCAACAGAAGAAAUCGAGGUGCUUUAUGGGGCUGAUCUGGAAACUGGAGUAUUUGGCAGUGGCUUUCCUAAAAAUGCUCAGCAAGUUCAUUCAGCUUCUGACAUAAAGUAUAUUAACUCUGGCUGGAACUUGAAUAACUUCCCCAGGCUUCCUGGUUCUGUUCUGUCAUUUGAAGACAGUGAUAUAUCAGGUGUGCUAGUUCCUUGGCUGUACAUAGGAAUGUGCUUUUCUUCAUUUUGUUGGCAUGUUGAGGAUCAUCACUUGUACUCAUUGAAUUACAUGCACUGGGGGGAUCCAAAGAUGUGGUAUGGUGUUCCAGGAUCAGAUGCCCUGAAACUGGAGGCGGCUAUGAGGAAACAUCUUCCAGACCUCUUUGAAGAACAGCCUGACUUGCUUCAUAAGCUUGUCACACAACUUUCUCCCUCAAUUCUAAAAUCUGAGGGUGUGCCUGUUUAUCGAUGUGUUCAGAAUCCUGGGGAAUUUGUCCUGACCUUCCCUCGAGCUUAUCAUGCUGGAUUUAACUGCGGUUUUAAUUGUGCUGAAGCAGUUAAUGUUGCUCCUGUUGAUUGGUUGCCACAUGGACAGAAUGCUAUUCAGCUCUAUCGUGAGCAAGGCCGAAAAACUUCCAUUUCACAUGAUAAACUGUUGCUUGGUGCUGCUAGAGAAGCUGUGAAAGCAAAUUGGGAAUAUAAUUUACUAAGAAAGUCCACGUCUAACAAUUUAAGAUGGAAGGAUGUUUGUGGAAAGGAGGGGAUCUUAUCAAAAGCACUCAAGACUCGUGUUGAGAUGGAGCGAUCGCAGAGGGAAUUCCUUUGCAAAUCCUCACAGGCACUGAAGAUGGAGAGCUCCUUUGAUGCUAAUAGUGAGAGGGAAUGCAGCAUAUGCCUUUUUGAUCUGCAUCUAUCAGCAGCAGGUUGCCACCACUGUUCACCUGAUAAAUAUGCAUGCUUGCACCACGCAAAACAGUUAUGCUCCUGUUCCUGGGGUGCUAAGUUUUUCCUUUUUCGUUAUGACAUCAAUGAAUUAAACAUUUUGGUUGAGGCUUUGGAGGGGAAACUGAGUGCAGUAUAUCGAUGGGCUAGGCUUGAUCUUGGACUUGCUCUAAGUUCUUAUGUUUCCAGAGACAAUAUGCAGAUUCCUGGGCUCCUAGGUAAAUUAUCGUAUGGCUCCCAAGUAGCUCCAAGUGACAUGAGUUCACUGCCUAUUGUUGUUUCCUCAAAAGAGCAGAAAGGGCAACCAGAUGGGAGUCUUCUGAAUCCUACAAAGUAUUCUGGAGGGCCAAACUCUUCCCAGAAGCUGAAGUCACCUGUGGUGGUAUUGGCUCUGGAAAACAUGAAGGCAUCAUCAAACUUACUUUCCCAGAAAGUUGAGGUUGCAAAACAUUGUCUGCCAUGCAAAAAAGAUAACUUUUUACAGUCAGCUCCCAGAUAUAAAGCUUCAUUAUGUCAACUUUCUCAAGUCAAUGAUCUCAAGCCACCAUGUAAAGAAAAUUUAGCGUCAGAGAAACCUGAAGGGAACCAGUUAUCAUAUCCUGGAAACAAAGAUGUCAUCCUCCUGAGUGAUGAUGAGGGAGAUCAACCUAGCAAAGAACCUUCUGUUGAAAAGGAGGCUUCUGAAAAGCAUACAGGAAGUGUUCAGAAGCCAGUUUGCCCUGCCAAUAUGGUUAGUCUAAGUAGUUGUAUUCGGAAUCCAGCCUCAACAACCACUGUUACUGGUCCGUGUGUAAUUCCUGAUAUACUGAAGCAAGGUUCCAGUAUAGAGUGCCCAAAAGUUGAAGACCAUGCAGCAGAAACUGAAAGGUAUCUUGGGGUCAAUUCUCUAAGCAGUUCUUGCUCUAAGUUUCCCUCAACAGACUCAGAUUCUAGUAAACAUGCCCCAAAGAAGAAAGAGACCCCCAAUUGUGAUGAGGCAAAUGCAGAUAGUGACCACAAACCACAACAAAUUGAUGAUGGAAGAUCUUCUCAUGGAGAUAGUAAUAAGAAGCUGGAAUUGGAUAUUGAGUCAAAAUCAAUAGACAAUGUCCAAACUGUAUCAUGUAACCCAUCUGGUUCUCAGAAUAUCUUGGACAAAUAUUAUCGCCAGAAGGGACCUCGUAUUGCAAAAGUAGUUAGGAGAAUUAAUUGCAAUGUUGAGCCUCUGGACUUUGGGAAUGUUCGUGCAGGAAAGUUGUGGUGCGACAGUCGAGCUAUUUAUCCGAAAGGAUUUAGGAGUCGAGUCAGAUACAUAGAUGUUGUGGAUCCCACUAACAUGUGCUAUUAUGUCUCUGAAAUUCUGGAUGCUGGAAGGACUGGACCUCUAUUUAUGGUCUCUGUGGAACAUUGUCCUAGUGAAGUAUUUGUGCAUGUCUCGGCAGCGAGAUGCUGGGAAAUGGUGCGGGAAAGGGUAAAUCAGGAGAUUGCAAAGCAGCAUAAGUUAGGAACAGCAAACCUUCCUCCUUUGCAGCCUCCGGGGAGUCUGGAUGGCAUUGAAAUGUUUGGCUUUUCUUCUCCAGCAAUUGUCCAGGUAAUUCAGGCUAUGGACCAGAAUCGUGUCUGUUCAGAUUACUGGAAAUCACGGCCCCUAAUGCAGAUCCCUCAGCAAUCUCAUUAUGUGGAAAGUAAUAGCAACUCUUGUUUGAAGUCAGAGCCCUUGAACGAUGAAGAAACCAGGAAAAGCAAUCCUGGCGUCGACAAGAUACUGAGUGGCCUAUUUAAGAAGGCAAAUCCGGAGGAACUUCAGACCCUGUACAGUCUUUUAUAUAACAAGAAUUCCACGGAUGACCAAAGCUUACUGGCCCGGCUUCUUAGCGAGGAGAUAAACAGGCACCCAAAAAUAGAGUUCCCAGCGUAGGAUUUACUCUGGCUUUGCCUUUAAUCCUUGAUUUUGUAAAUGAUGAGCUCCUCCUUAGGUCACAUAUACGUCUGCUAUUCAUCUACUUCUCUCAGAAUUCUUUUUUACAUUGUAGCUGAAGGGCAGGAUUCGUCGGUCAGACGAAUAUUUUGAAUAAUUAGCCUUACAUUCAUUUCUGUAGCAAUAAUAAACGUUCCAUUCUUUCAAAUUCAGGUUAUGUUCAGUCUUC